AUGUCUUUUCUCAGGACUGUUUUAAACGACUCUGUCAUCAUUCAUCCUCCAGGCUUCUAUAUCAUCGGAUUUCAGACGUUUCCCUACAUCAGUGUCUACAUCAUCUUUCUAGCCUUUGUCUAUGUGGUUACAGUGCUGUUCAAUAUUUUACUGAUAUACAUAAUUGCCCUUGACAACAGCUUACACACUCCGAAAUUUUUGGCUGUUGUCAACCUCGCAAUAAUUGAUGUCAUCUUGAACACAAGCACUAUUCCCAGCAUGAUUAAGACAUUCCUCUUUAAGGACAACUUUGUUCCAUUCAACCUCUGUCUGUUACAAAUGUAUGUCCACUACGCCUUUGUAUCUCUGGAGUCAUAUUCGCUCGCUAUACUCGCCUAUGACAGGUUGAUUGCAAUAUGUUUCCCUCUGCAUCAGAACUUAUUCAACACACUGCCGAUCGUGUCUUGUAUUGUAGGUGUGACUUGGGUUUACAAUCUGGGAUUACUAGCCUAUAGCACGGCAAUCAUGACUCGACUGUCUUUUUGCAAUUCUCUGAGAGUGUUCAGCUAUUUCUGUGACUAUGCACCUGUGUUUAGACUCGCCUGUAAUGAUUACUCACUGCAGUGGUCUGUUGCAUCAGCUUCAAUUGGCAAUCUGAUUGGCCCCUUUACUUUUAUUAUUCUGUCCUAUGUCAGCAUCAUGGUGACCGUGUUCAGGAUGAAAUCAGUAAGCAGUAGGAUGAAAGCUCUCACCACUUGCAUUGAGCACGUCAUCCUUGUCGGUGUAUUUUAUAUUCCUUUAUUUAGCAUUUACUUAAUAGGACUGUUUAUACGAUCCAUUGACCCAGACCAGCGCGUGCUGAGCCUGUCGCUGGCCUCUUGCAUCCCCCCCUGCAUUAAUCCCAUUGUAUAUUCCUUGAAAACAAAAGAGAUCAAAAAUAGAGCCCUGGCACUGGUGUGGAGAAUGAAAACUAACCCUGUGAAAACAAUGAAAUGA